AUGGAAUCAUCUCCAGAUCCAACCAUGGAGACGACGAACAGCAAGCCCCCAGGAAUUCGACUGAUAGAGAGCAUGAAGAAGUCAAGCCUGUCUUUCAAGUCAUAUCAAGUCAUUGUCCUAAUUCUGACAUUUUUUGCAUAUACAAGUUACCAUGCUAAUAGAAAAACUACCAGUAUCGUGAAACAGGCACUUGGUCCCCAAUCCCCUGGUGUUCUUCCGAGUUUACAGUGGCAAAGAAAUAUUACUCCGAAACCAUUUAGAGAUGGUUGGUUGCCAUUUGAUGGCCCCAAUGGAACAGCAAUGCUCGGUGACCUUGAUGUGGCUUUCCUAUUUGUGUAUGCCAUUGGAAUGUAUUUCUCAGGACAUGUGGGCGAUAGGAUGGAUCUGAGAAUAUUUUUGACAGCAGGAAUGUUGGGAACUGGUUUAUUCACAGCUCUUUUUGGAGUUGGAUAUUGGGCAAACAUCCAUAAUUUCUAUUACUAUAUGCUCAUUCAGAUGGUUGCUGGAUUGUUCCAAUCCACUGGAUGGCCUUCAGUAGUUGCAGUAGUCGGGAAUUGGUUUGGAAAGAAGAAGAGAGGACUUAUAAUGGGCAUUUGGAAUGCUCAUACUUCAGUCGGUAACAUUACAGGAUCAUUGGUCGCCUCAGCCUUAUUGAAAUAUGGAUGGGGUUGGUCGAUGGUUGUUCCUGGUAUCAUUAUUGCUUUUAGUGGUAUGGUAGUAUUCCUUCUUUUGCCAGUUCAUCCCGAGUAUGUUGGAGUUAACAAGGAUGAAGAUGAAGUCUUAUCUAUUCGAAAAGAAGACGAGGAAGUGAAUGAACCUCUCUUGAGAGAGGAGGAAUCAGCCGUGGGUUUUAUACAAGCAUGGAGGAUCCCAGGGGUUGCACCAUUUGCUCUUUGCCUUUUCUUUGCCAAGUUGGUGGCUUACACAUUUCUUUAUUGGCUCCCCUUCUACAUUAGCCACACAGCUAUAGACGGAAGAUACUUGUCCAACGAGGAUUCUGGAAACUUGUCAACACUGUUUGAUGUUGGAGGGGUAGUAGGUGGAAUCCUAGCAGGUUAUAUCUCUGAUCAGUUGGAUGCUAGAGCUAUAACAGCUGCUAGCUUCAUGUACUGUGCUAUCCCAGCCCUAUAUCUAUAUCAAAGCUACGGACACAUCUCCAUGACUAUAAACGUCAUCCUCAUGUUGAUUAAUGGAGUGUUUGUGAAUGGCCCUUAUGCGUUAAUAACAACUGCCGUUUCAGCUGACCUAGGAACACAUAGAUCUUUGAAGGGCAAUUCACGAGCACUUGCAACUGUGACUGCUAUUAUUGAUGGAACUGGCUCAAUUGGUGCUGCUAUUGGACCAUUUCUAACGGGUUACAUUUCAACUAAGAGCUGGAAUGCAGUUUUCGUGAUGCUUAUGGGAGCAGUUUUCAUUGCUGGUUUGCUUUUGACCAGGCUAGUUGUAGCCGAGGUGAGUGGAAAAAUUCAAGAAUUGAGGUCCCAAAGAUCAUCCUGACCAAUGUCUGCUGACCUUGAAGUUUGCCAUAAAAUUGUGAUAUUAGUUGCAUUCUUUUAUUGCUUUGUGUGUGAUAAUCCAAUGCAUUUUUGCACCCUUUUUGGAUAUUAGCGUUUGCUCACGGAGAUGAAGAGGUAGAAAUGCUCAAAUCAAAUAUCGAGUAGUCAGAUGGUCUUGUAUUACAAUCUACAAGUUAAGACGAGGGUAUGAAUGUUUCUCCAUUUUGUGGGACAGAGUCUGAAGGGGAAAAAACUGCAGAUGACUCCUUAGGUCGUCAUAUAUACAUAUUCACAUGUACAUUUUUAUGUGCCAUAAAAGGAUCAAAUAUCUGAAUGUAGAGUAGUAUCAGUGUAGGUUGAUGAGAGUUUGUACACAUUUUGUUUCUUUUUCAUUUGAUUCUUG